GUGAGAGACUUUAAAAGCAGUGUGCGCAAGAAAGAGGGAAAUUCCGGUGCAUGCUAACGCUACAGAGUAGAGACGGGGUAAUGGCAGGCAAACAACCAAAGAGGAAACGGACAGAGGAACACAAACCUACAAGGAAAGGCUAUGACCAGGCCGGUGGGAAGAAGCGUCAGUAUCGGUGCGGCUUUCCAGCGGUGGAGAGGCACUUCCGGGAGCUGAAAGGCCUGAGGUCAGACGCGGAGGUUGAGCUGUUUCUGCUUGACAGGCUGCGCAGGGAGGGGUACACGGUCCAGGUCAGCGUCAAUGACUACCUGGACAUCUACUGCCCACACUACAACACCAGCCAGCGAGGGACGCUAGAGCGAGUCGUGGCCGAGCAGUACAUCCUCUACAUGGUCAGCUACCGCGGCUACCGCACCUGCGACCCCCAGCUGGGCUUCAAACGCUGGGAGUGCAACCGGCCCCACGCGCCCCACGCGCCCAUCAAGUUCUCUGAGAAGUUCCAGCGUUACAGCGCUUUCUCCCUGGGCUACGAGUUCAACGUGGGCCAGGAGUACUACUAUAUCUCCACACCCACCCACCACCACGGCCACAGCUGCCUGAGACUGAGGGUCUACGUCUGCUGCUCCACCGUCUCCCAGGCAGAUGAUGACUCUAGUCAGACUUCUCCCGACUACACAGUCAGGCCAAACAUCAAAAUACACAACCUUGACGAAUUUAACCCCGAAGUUCCCAAACUGGAGAAAAGUGUCAGCGGCAGCAGCCCAUCACGUGACCGCCUUCUUCUCACUGUGGCGAUGCUGCUCGUGUCUGCCGUGCUUUUGUCCUAGCGACUGUCACCCAGAGUGACACCUCAUGCAUAGAUGGACCGCCUUGUCCAAAGGGCUUUGUAUCCACCUACUGCGAGAAUUUAAUGCGAAAGUCGGCAGAAACACGGAAGAGAAUCAAGUAGAGGUGCAACAGAACCACAACUGAAAGAACACACAGAAAAAAAACCCCUUGAACUUAACUUAAACUGGACUUUAAAAAAAAGGAGAGGCCUUUUUGCUGUCAUAUCUACACCAGUGUAUUUUGACACUCCAUGUGUUGUUGGACAUCAUUAUCAUAUGAAUACCACAGCAUUUCAUGCAGGUGUGUUUGCCACAACAUGGAGACCACAACCAAUAUUCAGAAACAGACUUCUGUGCUGCUGUCGUGCCUGACAGCCAACAGACGAGAGAGAAAGUGGACUUGUAAUGAGUGGGAUGUAGACUACACACUCUUAUUGUAGCAUGGAUAUCAAAUCACAGGAAUUUAAGCUGCAUUGUCUUAAGCCGAUGAAUGCAAGGUUUUUGUGACUGUAGGCUUUGAAGAAGGCAGCAAAUGUAACAGGAGUGGACUUUGCAGUGGAUUUUUAAGGCCUUGGUGACUGCGGACCAGGUAUGCUGAUGGAUUCAACUCAGCUUUGAUGUAGUGGAGAGCAAGCUGGACUCUGGAACUGUACUGAUCUUACCUGGGCUAUACAGGAUAUUUAUAGAAUCAGUCUGAGAUGGGAACUGCUGCCACUGUCCUGGACAUUGAGGAAUGUUUCCACACUGGAGUGAGCUGUUGGUAAAAAGAGCCCAAGGUGUUUCUUAAGAAAAGGGGAGGACUUUGGGAGGAUAUCCGCUGGCCUUUCAUGAAUCCAUUUUCUCCAGACAUCAAAAUACCCCUGGCUUUGUGAUAGGUGCAGAUGCAAAGCCUCCGUUUCUUAGAAGAUAGCGAGUGCCCUCUGAGAACUAGUCCUUUGUCUGCAUUUCCUGCCUUCACACUGUAACAACCCUAGAAAAAUACAGACCCAGGACUAGUAAUUUGACAGCACUUAGACGUGGUAGAUGUGGUAGAUGUGUGUUUUGUUCCGAUGCAUUUACCUUCAGCACUUGGCGUAGAUUUUCCGGAUGUCAAACCUUUCUCCUUGCAGCAAUCAGCCGAGUCAUUCAGAACACCACUAAUUUACAAUUCCUAAGAACCCCCCCCCCCUCUCAGUAGCAAGUUCCCUUUUAAUCCCAGACAACCCUGUCUAUUCCUUUUCCACUUCAGAGGUUCCCAGCCAAUCAGCGCUGAUGGCCAUUACAGCAGUCACGGUCACCAUGGAAACGACCCCAUACAGUCGCCAGAGUGCGGCAGGUGCCUGAGGAGAAAUUGUGCUUUGAGUCUCAAAGUAACGCUGCCGCCAUUUUGUUAAAAAAUAAAAUACAAAAAAAAAAUACACACACGUGUGAAUGUGCAACUAAAGAGAAGUUCACUUUUUUAUAUUGUAAUACAGGACAAUGUAGGCUGGCAUUAAUCAGAUUACAAUGUUGUGCUUUUUCAAUUUAUUUACUUUUCAAAUGUAUUUAUUUUAACAUUAAAAUAUAUUAUUUAUCUACCUGAUUUAUUAGUGUGCAUUUGUAGGCCUUUGCUCAAUAAGCUAUUGUGCCAUUUUUUAAUUCUUUUUUUUAAACAGUGGAAUUUUUACUGCAGCAUUUUGCUUGUGUAGAUAAAUAGUCAGAUGUAAUUCAGCCUGGCAGAACGAGAGGGUUAUUGGUUAUGACUAAUCAGUAGGGACAUACACUCAGUGACCCUACUCUCAUGUAACAGAUACAGCUAAACAGAUUAUGUUGCUGAAGAGCAUGUCAUAACCACAACUGUGAAUGCACAGACAGAGCCGACGUUGAUGGAAGGGGCGCAUUCCUCAAGUGCUGCCACUUUGCCAAAUGAAGGAGUCUGUAUUGUAAUGUAUAUUUAUAAUACAUGCCGGUUAUGGAAUGUGCGUGCGUGUGCACAGGCGUGUAUGAGUCUGCGUGUGUGGCUUUAUCUGCCUGCUUUCCUGCGUGUGUGUGCGUGUGUCUGAGCGUGUGAGGGAGCGAGCAAGAGUAAAAAACAUAUGUGUGCACAUUUGUGUGCGUAUGUAUGUAGAAUGUGUUUGUCCGCGCUUUUCGAGUAUGUGGCAUUUAGAAAUUUCGUACCCGUUAAGGAGUCGUUUGUAGGAUCUGAAUAUGCAAGUGUGUAUGAGAGAAUGUGCUCUUCUGUAAUGUUAGUUUACGUUACGGGGUUAGGGAAGCAGGCGAGAAGCAUUUAGUGAUGUUGAGGACAACCACAAGAAAUGUGUUUACCUUUGACAAGAAUGAAUUAAAAAAAAAAAAAACUGUAAAUUGAACCAAGAAUGAUUAAAAACAAUGCCAAUUAAAAUCUUUUUGCAAAUUUA